CACGCGCCGCCGGCUCCGUAGCGCUGGCCGGGCGGGGUGGGCGGGGCUUGGAGGGGCUGCAGGGUUAGGUUGCACCCUCCAUGCUCAGCUGCCUUGUUCUCUCUCUCCCUGGGAGAGGGGAGGGGGGAGCGGAGAGGGGGCAGCUCCUUUAAGGGUGAGGCCAAAGGCAGCCACGGGGGAGAUCCCCCCCAGCCGGACACAGACUCCUGCUCACCCGUCCGUCUCCAUGAGGCCGGGCCCCCCAGACACUGACCUCUGAGCUCCCGGUUGUGACGCUUGUUGGGGAGGGGGCUCCUCUCCCCCACCCAGAUCCCCUUCUUCGCUGCCACGCCGCAGCCAUGGCCGACCCUAUCAUGGACCUGUUCGAUGACCCCAACCUCUUCGGCCUGGACUCCCUGACAGAUGAGGGCUUCAGCCAGACCCAGCCUGACCCCAUCGAGGAAGCCCUGGGGCUGCCAGGGGAGCUGGAUCCAGCCCAGCCAGUGCAGCCACCCCCAUCAGAGCCUGCUGCACCUGAAGCUCUGCCUCUGCCCCCCGAGGCACCGCCAGAUGCCGCCCCAGGUCCUGCCCCCCCUGACUUGUCUCAGCCUGAGCUCCCCCCUGAGCAGGAUGUCCUGAGCCAGGGGAACCCCUUUAUGGGGGUGUCCAGCACCCCCGCAGCAUCCGCUCCUGAGGGGCAGGCGGCCUCAGCCAGGCAGCUCCCUCCAGCCAUGUCCACAGCACCCGCACCCAAGAUUGUCAUCCUGAAGGCACCAGCGGGGGGCUCAGUGACAGGGGCUCACGUGGCUCAGAUCCAGGCCCAGCCACUGGGUGCAGCCAAUGGGGGCAAGGUGACCUUCGCCAAGGUGUUGACGGGCACCCCACUGCGCCCUGGCGUCUCCAUCGUCUCUGGCAAUACCGUGCUGGCCACCAAAGUGUCCCCAUCCGGGACCACAGGCAGCCCUGCCACUGUACACCGCCUGGUCCAGCCUGGUCGGCCUGUCAAACAACUAGUGCUUCAGCCUGUCAAGAGCCCGGCGGGGGGCACCAGUGGAGCUCCCCUCAAGCCUGCCGUCACUCUGACCUCUGCCCCAGCCCAGGGUGAAUCAAAACGCAUUACCCUGGUGCUGCAGCAGCCGCAGGGUGGGAGCGGCCCCCCUGGGCAGCGUCUCGUGGUGCUGGGCAGCCUGCCGGGGAAGAUCGUGCUGCAGGGCAACCAGCUGGCUGCGCUCAGCCAGGCCAAGGGAGCACCAGGCCAGCCUGCCAAGGUGGUGACCAUCCAGCUGCAGGUGCAGCAGCCUCAGGGGGGCGGGCAGCCUGGGGCCCCCCAGAAGAUCCAGCUGCUGCAGCAGAGCCCUGCCCCCAGCACCACGGGGCAGCCACCACAGCCUCCCGUGGCUGUGUCCUCUGUGCAGCAGGCCCAGGUGGUUGGGAGCACAGGGCAGCGACUCACGGUGCCCCUGAAGGUUGUGCUGCAGCCCCAGGCUGGGUCCUCUCAGGGCGGCUUUUCGGGGCUGUCAGUGGUGAAGGUGCUGAGUAGCAGUGAGGUGGCAGCACUGUCAGGCCCUGGGACGCGGGGGGGCGCGGUGGAGGAGAGCCGCAAACUGGAGCACCAGAAGAAGCAGGAGAAGGCGAACCGCAUUGUAGCCGAAGCCAUUGCACGGGCACGGGCGCGGGGCGAGCAGAACAUCCCCCGCGUGCUCAACGAGGACGAGCUGCCCAGCGUGCGACCCGAGGAGGAGGGCGAGCGCAAGCGGCGCCGUAAGGGCGCAUCCGACCGUGGCGGCCCCAAGGAGGAGCGGCCCCGCAAGGGCAAGGGCUCUGGCAAGAGCAAGGGCCGCAGCAAGCCCAGCACCAUCACGCCAGUGGUGGGAAAAAAGCGCAAGCGCAAUGCUUCCUCUGACAACUCGGAUGCCGAGGUGAUGCCAGCACAGUCCCCCCGUGAGGAGGAGGAGACCAGUGUCCAGAAGCGACGCUCGAACCGGCAGGUGAAGCGGAAGAAGUACACAGAGGACCUGGACAUCAAGAUCACAGACGAUGAGGAAGACGAGGAGCUGGAUGUGACAGGGCCAGUGCGGCCUGAGCAGCCCCCCAUGCCCCAGCCUCCUGCUCCAGAGCCUGAGCCCGAGGGCGAGACCCUGCCCUCCAUGCAGUUCUUUGUGGAGAACCCCAGUGAGGAAGAUGCUGCCAUCGUCGACAAGGUCCUGGCCAUGCGGGUGGCAAAGAAGGAGCUGCCUUCAGGACAGUUCACAGAAACGGAGGAGUUCUUCGUCAAGUACAAGAAUUACUCAUACCUGCACUGCGAAUGGGCCACCAUUGACCAGCUGGAGAAGGACAAGCGCAUCCAUCAGAAGCUGAAGCGCUUCAAGACCAAGAUGACCCAGAUGCGGCACUUCUUCCAUGAGGAUGAGGAGCCCUUUAAUCCUGACUACGUGGAGGUUGACCGGAUCUUGGAUGAGUCCCACAGCAUCGACAAAGACAACGGAGAGCCGGUGAUCUACUACCUAGUGAAGUGGUGCUCACUGCCGUAUGAGGACAGCACUUGGGAGCUCAAGGAGGAUGUGGACGAGGGCAAGGUCUGCGAGUUCAAGCGCAUCCAGGCCCGGCACCCUGAGCUCAAGCGGGUGGCCCGGCCCCAGGCUGGCUCCUGGAAGAAGCUGGAGCUCUCGCAUGAGUACAAGAAUCACAACCAGCUCCGUGAGUACCAGCUGGAGGGUGUCAACUGGCUGCUUUUCAACUGGUACAACAGGCAGAACUGCAUCCUGGCAGAUGAGAUGGGCCUGGGCAAGACGAUCCAGUCAAUUGCCUUCCUGCAGGAGGUCUACAAUGUGGGCAUCCGCGGCCCCUUCCUGGUCAUUGCACCACUCUCCACUAUCACCAACUGGGAGCGGGAGUUCAACACCUGGACUGAGAUGAACAGCAUCGUCUACCAUGGCAGCCUGGCAUCCCGCCAGAUGAUCCAGCAGUAUGAGAUGUACUGCAAGGACUCCCGGGGCCGUCUGAUCCCUGGCGCGUACAAGUUUGACGCGCUGAUCACGACCUUUGAGAUGAUCCUGUCAGACUGCCCUGAGCUGCGGGAAAUCGAGUGGCGCUGCGUCAUCAUCGACGAGGCCCACCGCCUCAAAAACCGCAACUGCAAGCUGCUCGACAGCCUCAAGCACAUGGACCUGGAACACAAGGUGCUGCUGACGGGCACACCCCUGCAGAACACGGUGGAGGAGCUGUUCAGCCUGUUGCACUUCCUGGAGCCCUCGCAGUUCCCCUCCGAGGCAGAAUUCCUCAAGGACUUUGGUGACCUCAAGACCGAGGAGCAGGUGCAGAAGCUGCAGGCCAUUCUGAAGCCUAUGAUGCUGCGGCGGCUGAAGGAGGAUGUGGAGAAAAAUCUGGCGCCCAAGCAAGAGACUAUCAUCGAGGUGGAGCUGACAAACAUCCAGAAGAAGUAUUACCGUGCCAUCUUGGAAAAGAAUUUCUCUUUCCUGUCCAAGGGGGCAGGGCACACCAACAUGCCCAACCUGCUCAACACCAUGAUGGAGCUGCGCAAGUGCUGCAACCACCCCUACCUCAUUAAUGGCGCAGAGGAGAAGAUCCUGGCAGAGUUCCGGGACUCCUGCCACCACCACGUGCCUCCCGACUUCCACCUGCAGGCCAUGGUGCGCUCAGCCGGCAAGCUGGUGCUCAUUGACAAGCUGCUGCCCAAGCUCAAGGCUGGUGGCCACAAGGUGCUCAUCUUCUCCCAGAUGGUGCGCUGCCUUGACAUCCUGGAAGACUACCUCAUCCAGAGGAGGUACCUGUAUGAGCGGAUCGAUGGGCGGGUGCGGGGCAACUUGCGGCAGGCGGCCAUCGACCGCUUCAGCAAGCCUGACUCGGACCGCUUCGUGUUCCUGCUGUGCACACGGGCUGGCGGGCUGGGCAUCAACCUCACUGCUGCUGACACCUGCAUCAUCUUCGACUCUGACUGGAACCCCCAGAACGAUCUGCAGGCACAGGCACGCUGCCACCGCAUUGGGCAGAGCAAGGCGGUGAAGGUGUACCGCCUCAUCACCCGCAACUCCUACGAGCGCGAGAUGUUCGACAAAGCCAGCCUCAAGCUGGGUCUCGACAAGGCUGUGCUGCAGUCCAUGAGCGGGCGCGAGGGCAACAUUACUGGGAUCCAGCAGUUCUCCAAAAAGGAGAUCGAGGACCUGCUGCGCAAAGGGGCCUACGCUGCCAUCAUGGAGGAGGACGACGAGGGCUCCAAGUUCUGCGAGGAGGACAUUGACCAGAUCCUGCUGCGGCGUACCACCACCAUCACCAUUGAGAGUGAGGGCAAGGGCUCCACCUUCGCCAAGGCAAGCUUCGUGGCCUCGGAGAACCGCACUGACAUUGCCCUGGACGACCCCAACUUCUGGCAGAAGUGGGCCAAGAAGGCCGACCUGGACCUGGACCUGCUUAACAGCAAGAACAACUUGGUGAUUGACACGCCGCGCGUGCGGAAGCAGACACGCCACUUUAGCACACUGAAGGACGACGACCUGGUGGAGUUCUCGGACCUGGAGAGUGAGGAUGAGGAGCGGCCCCGCUCCCGGCGCCAUGACCGGCACCACCACAGCACGCACCACACCUAUGGCCGCACCGACUGCUUCCGUGUUGAGAAGCACCUCCUCGUCUAUGGCUGGGGCCGGUGGCGGGAGAUCCUUUCACACGGGCGGUUCAAGCGGCGCCUGUCGGAGCGGGAUGUGGAGACGAUCUGCCGCGCCAUCCUGGUGUACUGCCUGCUGCACUACCGCGGCGAUGAGAACAUCAAGGGCUUCAUCUGGGACCUCAUCAGCCCCAGCGAGAACGGCAAGGCCAAGGAGCUGCAGAACCAUUCUGGCCUGUCGAUUCCAGUGCCGCGAGGGCGUAAGGGCAAGAAGGUGAAGUCCCAGAGCACGUUCGAUGUCCACAAGGCCGACUGGAUCCGGAAGUACAACCCCGACACCCUCUUCCAGGAUGAGAGCUACAAGAAGCACCUCAAGCACCAGUGCAACAAGGUGCUGCUGCGUGUGCGGAUGCUCUACUACCUCCGCCAGGAGGUGAUCGGAGACCAAGCCAACAAGGUGCUGGCUGGUGCCAUCGCCAGCGAGAUCGACAUCUGGUUCCCGCUCGUGGAGCAGCUGGAAGUGCCGACCGCGUGGUGGGAUGCCGAGGCCGACAAGUCCCUGCUCAUCGGUGUUUUCAAGCAUGGCUAUGAGAAAUACAACACUAUGCGGGCUGACCCCGCACUCUGCUUCCUGGAGAAGGCCGGACGCCCCGAUGAGAAGGCCAUUGCAGCUGAGCAGCGCCUGGACGUGGCUGAGGGGGUUGACUUUGACAAGGACUGCGAGGACCCUGAGUACAAGCCACUGCCUGGGACAACCAAGGAACAGGACGACGAAGGCGACCCCCUGAUGAUGCUAGAUGAGGAGAUCUCCGUAGUGGAUGGAGAUGAAGGCCAGCCAGCCCAGCCAGGGCAUUUGUUUUGGCCGCCAGGCUCAGCGCUCACCGCCCGCCUGCGGCGCCUGAUCACCGCCUACCAGCGCAGCUACAAGCAGGAGCAGCUGAAGAUGGAGGCGGCCGAGAGGGGUGAUCGGCGGCGCCGGCGCUGCGAGGCCGCCUGCAAGCUCAAGGAGAUGGUGCGUCGCGAGAAGCAGCAGCGGUGGACGCGGCGGGAGCAGUCGGACUUCUACCGGGUGGUGUCGAGCUUCGGCGUGGAGUACGACCCUGACACGCUGCGCUUCCACUGGGGCCGCUUCCGCGCCCUGGCCCGGCUGGACCGUAAGACAGACGAGAGCCUCACCAAGUACUACCACGGCUUCGUGGCCAUGUGCCGCCAGGUCUGCCGCCUGCCACCCGCUGCUGGCGACGAGUCCCCAGACCCAACGCUGUUCAUCGAACCGAUCUCAGAGGAGCGGGCGUCGCGCACCCUGUACCGUGUGGACCUCCUGCGCCGGCUGCGGGAGCAGGUGCUGUGCCACCCGCUGCUGCAGGAGCGCUUGGCGCUGUGCCCACCCCCAGGCUUGGCCCUGCCCGCCUGGUGGGAGUGCGGCCGCCACGAUGGCGAGCUGCUGCGGGGGGCUGGGGGCUACCUGCAUGGCCAUGCUGGCACGCCGCAGCCCCCUGGGGUUGGCCUUGCCCCACUGCCCCCCGCCCCAGAGCCACCGGCCGCGCUGCCACCUGCCCCGCUCCCGCCCCCUGUGCCCCCCAAACCAGACUCGGCCGACGACUCGGAUUCAGAGCUCGACCUGGGCAAGCUCUCGCCCUCCUCAUCCGGCUCCUCCUCAUCCUGCUCCGACGACAGCGAGGAUGAGCGGGACCAACUGAAUCACAGAUGCGUGAGGGGCGCAGAGCCAUCCUGUGGAGGGAAGCUGUACGAGGAGGAGGAGUCGCUGCUGUCCUUGCCCACCUCCCGCGAGGGUGACUCACCCCAGCCCAGUGCCCCAGAGCUGCUGCUGCAGGAGCGGAACCGCGCCCACGACUGGCCCAAGGACCGGGCUCUCCUUAGCCGCAUCGACCUGAUCUGCCAGGCUGUGCUGACCGGGAAGUGGCCCUCUGGGCCACGUGGACCAGAGGUCUGCAGGGGACCAGGAGAGGGCAUGGCCCGACUGCCUGGGGACUACGGCCCUCCUGCCCCCCGUGUCGGCCCCCCUGAAGAGGCACCCAUAUCCUACACACGGCUGCGGCACAGCCCCGAGGAGAAGGAGUUCACAGUGCAGAUCAAGGAUGAGGAGGGGAUCAAGCUGACCUUCCAGAAGCACAGGCUUGUCCCCAAUGGCGCCAUGCGUGAGCGGCAUCAGCCCCCACCCCAGCCUCAUGCCCACGCCCACACCCAUGCCCACACCCACAGUCAGGGCCAUGGCCACGGACAUGGGCAUGGGCAGCCCCAGCAUCUACAAGGCCACAAGAAGAGCAGCAAGAAGUUGGUGGAGCUGGAGCUACAGUGCCUGGAGAGUCUGCGGGGCCCUGACAUCGACCUGGAGGCUCGGAUCCCAGUGGUUCGCAAGGCAGACGGAACGGUGCUGGUUGGGGAGGCAGCGCCACGCCGUGCUGACCUCGAGGCCUGGCUGCAGGCGCACCCUGACUUCGCCAUUGACCCCCGCUUCUUGGCUUACAUGGAGGACCGCCGCAAGCAGUACAAGUGGCACCGGUGCCGGAAGCCAGGCAUGGCCGAGGUUAGCUGCCUUCCCGGGCUGGAGCGGGGGCUCAUGCCCGACACCUCAGGCACCAAGAAGGGCUACAUGCCCGACUCCAUGUUGCACCGCCUCCUGCCAGGCCCCAUGGCUGCAGCGGGGGGUCAGAAAGCACGGGGCCGCCGGGCAGGCGUGGACCUCUCCAAGAUGGUUUCGCUGAUGGGGGGUGCAGCACAGGGCCAACUGGGGGCUAUGGGGCCCCUGGCCCUGCACAGCCACUUCCAGCCUGGCCCUGCCCCAGGCACCGCGCUGCCCUACGCGCCCUUCCCCGCACCCGCAGCCUCCUCCUCCGCCACCCUACUGCACCCCGGGCUGGGCCACGGUAGCUAUGCUCCCGGCCCCCCGCUGCACCUGGGGCACCCGGGCCACCUGCAGCCAGAUGAGGACGACGACGAGGACGAAGACGAGAUGGACGACUUGUCUCAGGGCUACGCCAGCUCCGAGCGGGACUUCUCCCUGCUCGACGACCCCAUGAUGCCGGCCAACUCGGACUCCAGCGACGGGGCCAACGAGGAGGGUGACUGAGCGGAGGACCAAGGGCCGGAUGGACGGACAGACAGGACAGCGGGACUCCUGGGCUGCCCAGGCCCUGAUGGGCGCUGCCGCCGGCUCCACGUGCACGGUGCUGCAGC